UGCUAUGCGUUAAUGGUGGUGUGUAUUAUUAUUAUAUUUAUAUGAUAGCGUGGUGAAACAGUAAAAAAUUUUUGUAACACUUUCGUUAAAUUAAAUUUAACGACGAGAUGGGUGUACCAGCAUUUUUUCGAUGGUUAAGUCGAAAAUAUCCCUCUGUAAUUGUCGAAUGCAUCGAGCAGAAGCCAGUAAAUGCAGAUGGAGUAUGUAUUCCUGUAAAUUCUGCAGAUCCAAACCCAAAUGGAGUAGAAUUUGACAAUCUUUAUCUUGAUAUGAAUGGUAUAAUACAUCCUUGUACACAUCCAGAAGAUAAGCCAGCACCUAAAGAUGAAGAUGAAAUGAUGGAAGCUAUUUUUGAAUGUAUUGACCGAUUAUUUCGUAUUGUUAGACCAAGGAAAUUGCUUUAUAUGGCAAUUGAUGGAGUUGCACCCAGAGCUAAAAUGAAUCAACAAAGAUCCCGACGAUUUCGAGCAUCAAAAGAAACAACAGAAAAAAUUGACGAAAUACAAAGAAUACGUACUGAAUUGUCACUCAAAGGUGCAUCUUUACCUCCUGAAAAACCAAAGGAAGCACAUUUCGACAGCAAUUGUAUCACACCGGGCACGCCAUUUAUGUCAAGAUUAUCAGCAUGCUUGCAUUACUAUAUUCAUGAACGUUUGAACAAUGACCCAGGUUGGAGGAAUAUUAAAAUAAUAUUAAGUGACGCCAAUGUACCUGGUGAAGGAGAACAUAAAAUAAUGGAUUUUAUACGACGGCAAAGAUCGCAACCUGAUCAUGACCCUAAUACACAACAUGUUCUAUGUGGAGCGGAUGCAGAUUUAAUUAUGUUGGGUCUCGCAACUCACGAACCUAACUUUACCAUUAUUCGUGAAGAAUUCAAACCAAAUAAACCAAAACCGUGCGAUAUAUGUGGCCAACUGGGGCAUGAAAUGAGAGAUUGUACUGGUGCGGAACCGAAUCAGAAAGAAGAGGAAAAUGCAUACGGAUCCGAGUGUCAGUUUAUAUUCGUCCGUUUAAAUGUUCUCCGAGAGUAUUUAGAAAGAGAGUUGUCUAUGCCGAAUCUACCGUUCAAAUAUGAUUUUGAACGAGCUGUCGAUGACUGGGUGUUUAUGUGUUUCUUCGUAGGAAAUGAUUUUCUACCUCAUCUUCCUUCUUUAGAAAUCAGAGAAGGUGCAAUCGACAGGCUCGUUACUUUGUAUAAGAAAGCAGUGUAUAAGACUGGAGGCUUUUUGACAGACAGUGGAGAUGUUAAUUUAGAUCGUGUACAAUUGAUAAUGUCAGAUCUUGGUGAUGUUGAAGAUGAGAUUUUUAAGAAAAGACAAGAAAAUGAACUGGCUUUCAAGCAACGUGAGAAAGAUAAAAAAAGGAGACAUGAAAUUAUCAGUAAUUUUAAGCCAAAAUGGAUUCCUGCGGGACAAUUUGCACCUACUGCCCUUGGGCAAGCAGUGAAACCUAUAGAAAAUGCACGUUAUGAAGCUUAUCAAAUGCGUGUACAAGGUAGAAAUUAUAACACGAAUGUUGCGGAGAAUAAGAAUGCUAAUCAUGCUUUAGAAAGCAUGUUACGGCCUGAGAACACUAGUAACAAAGGACAGAAACGUAAAAUUGAGAGUGUUGAUCCUGAGUCAGAUGAUGAACAGGCGCACGACGAAGUGCGUCUUUGGGAGGAUGGUUUUAAAGAUCGAUAUUAUGAAUCAAAAUUUGGCGUAUCUCCUGAUAAUCUUGCAUUUAGAAAUAACGUUGCUUUACAAUACGUGCAAGGAUUGUGCUGGGUCUUGCGAUAUUAUUAUCAAGGCUGUGCUUCGUGGAGAUGGUAUUUUCCAUACCAUUAUGCACCAUUCGCAAGUGAUUUUAUUAAUAUUGGCGGUCUUUCUACAGAAUUUGAAAAAGGAACUAUACCGUUUCGUCCGUUAGAACAAUUAAUGGCCGUUUUUCCUGCAGCUAGUAGCAAACAUGUGCCUGUACCAUGGGCAAAGUUAAUGAGUGAUCCGAGAUCUUCAAUUAUUGACUUUUACCCAGAAGAUUUUAAGAUCGAUUUGAAUGGAAAGAAAUUUGCUUGGCAAGGCGUAGCUUUGCUCCCUUUUGUCGAUGAGCAAAGGUUAUUCAAGGCUCUGGCGUCAUAUUAUGACAGUCUAACAGAAGCAGAAAAGAAGAGAAAUGUUCGCGGCGAUGACAGGCUAUAUGUUGGAAUGGGAAAUACCGGUUAUAAUUAUAUAAAAAAAACAUAUAUAGAUCGUGUUGAAUUUGAUAAGGAACUUGAUAUAAGAAUAGACGGUAUGCGAGGUACCAUAUUCUUGUCAGAAGAUUGUGUGAGUGAAGGAGGCACGUUACCCUCGCCUGUCAGGGGUUUACCAGUCAGAAACAAUAAAGUAUAUUGCGUGAAAUUCAAGGAUCCACAAUAUAGUAGUAGCCAUAUUUUUCCUGCUUGCAAGCUGAAAGGAGCUAAAGAACCGUCACGUGUUCUUAAACCACAAGAUUUUGAUGCUAUGAAUCGUGACACUAGGAACCAGUGGAAGCCACAAAUUGGUUUCACUCGAACUACGCAGUCUGCUUCAUUAGGACAGGCAGGACACAGAAUGCUCGAACGAUAUACGAACCACAAUCGAUCGGCGCCAUUUGUGAACAUUCCACCACCAAUCAAUUUAUAUCAGCCGCAGUUUCAUCAUGGUUAUCAGAGCGGUUACCAGUCGGGCUAUAAUUACGAUAAUAAUGCCGGUUCGAGUCAAAUGCGUGGACCAUUCGUCGGGGCGUCCGGAUUCGCCCCGAGGAAUCUGCCCUACGAUUAUUCGCACUCCCGUAAUCAUUACAGUAAUCAUCAGCCGCAAUCCGCACGGAACGCCUCGAGUUAUCAGAACGCGCAGCAAAGCUACAAUAUUCAGCACGGAAUGAAUUAUUCCUCUACACGAGGGACAGGCAGAGGAAACUAUCGAGGAGGAUGGCGAUGAACAUCGUGAAUGUUCGAUUUUGGAUUGCAAACCUUGAUGUGUACCUAUAUAGCGUAAUAUUAGAUGCUCUCGUAAUAAGUUCUGUUAUUUCCUUUAAGUCUAUUUUGAUAGAAUUUACUUUACAAUUGUAUUUGAUUUUAUAUAUUAUCAUCACUAUAUAUCUUAUUAUACAUUAAUAACGACUUGUACGUGUGCGUCUUUACUAUCCGGUGAUUGAUUCUUUCUCUUAGACAUUUGAAGAAAAUAGAUAAACGUGCAAAACGAAUGCAAAACACGGAAUACACGGAAUUAAAAAAUCGAGUCUGCAAUGAAUCACCACGCACAAUGAUUACUUAAUUAAAGUUUAGAGAUAAUGACUCGCGAAGAAUUCGAGCCGACAUCAGUACGAAUAUUGAGAAAUUGCACAGUCCUCUUCUUGAUCGAGAUAUGAGUGCGUUAUAAAUAACAAUUGGCACAAAGCAUCACAGUGAAAUAUCGUAGUGCAGCCAAUGCAGUGGAAGUUUCUCGUAAAAGUUAACAAUUAUGUCGUAACUCGAAUAAAAAUUUGGAUGAUUCUACAUUGAUUGACCUUGUAAAUUCCGUCGAACUUGAUAGAUCAACAGAACAUCUCGAAAUUUACAGUUACAGGCUAUUACUCCAUCUUGAUGCUAUAUAAAUGCUAUAUAAAUUAUUUACCGCCGCUUUCUCCAUGCUGAGAAGGAGGAUUUAUACAAAAAUAAUUUAAUAUUUGGUCAUCAAUGUAUAUUUUUAAUCGUUAUCUUUAAGCCGAAUGAGCAAUAUAUGAAUUAUGUAAGUUCUUCAAUUGAAUAUAGAAUAUGUGGAACACA